CCACACCUACUUUAAUAACCAAAGCCCCGCCCACUACACUACAAAGUUUUUAUAAUAGUUCUAUUUCUUUCUUUUUGUCAUUAUUUAGAGCAAUGGCAGAAUCAUUGAUUCUCCCAAGCGAAGACGAGUCAGUACAAGCGACCAAUGAUGAUGCAACAAGCAGCAAAAAAUAUGCAGUUGAUCAAGGAUAUUGGAAAGACGAUUACGUUCAGUUUUUUUGUCGUUCAGCUGAGAAAAGAACCCCAGAAAUAUGUCGGGGAUAUUAUGCUAGAGUCUUAAGCAUACAAAAACUAUUAGUAAAGUUCUUAAAGCUUACGUCAUGUGACUGUCACGUGAUUAACCUGGGGGCAGGAUUUGACUCCACCUACUGGACGAUGAGGGACAGAGGACUCACACCUCGGACGUACAUAGACAUUGAUUUCCCAGAAGUGAAUAAAAAGAAGUGCCAAAUAAUUAAAAAAAGAAAGCAAUUGCUUGAGCCGUUAUCUAAAGACUCCUCCCACUCAGCCACACCCACUGAAAUAAGUAGUACAGAGCUUCACUCUGCCCACUAUCACGUGCUCUCAUGUGACUUACGAAAAGUUGGCGAACUAUCAAAGAAACUCUUAGACCUCGGAUUUGAUACAAACACACCCACGUUCAUAUUAUCGGAAUGCGUACUUGUCUACAUGUCCUCAGAGUCCUCUAAUCCAAUUAUAGAGUGGGCGGGGAAAACAUUCAGUACUGCGAUAUGGAUCAAUUAUGAGCCAAUUUUACCAGACGAUCGUUUUGGGCGGACAAUGUUGAGUAAUUUAAAAUACAGGGGAUGUGCCUUAUUAGGAAUAGACUCCUGUCCUGACCUCACAUCACAAAGACAAAGAUUCCUAAACUAUGGUUGGAGUCAUAGCUGGGCUCUUGACAUGUGUCAAGUGUAUUCUCUACUACCGAGAGAUGACGUGGCAAGAAUAGAGAGACUGGAUUUCCUUGACGAGAAAGAACUUCUAACACAGCUGCUACAGCACUAUACACUUAGCUGUGGCUUUAAAGACACUAAAGGAAUUGGAUUAGAGAGAGUCAGUUUAGAAGACAAGACAUUAUGAUGCUUUAUUUUAAUGUUAUUUUUUAGUAAACAAAAUAUCAGUGUUCAAUUUAAA